CGCCCCCGCGCUCCUCGGGCGGCCGCCGGCGGGGAGGAAGAGGAGGAGGAGGACGACGACGAGGAAGAGGAGGAAGGAUCCCGGCCGCCGCAGCGACGGCCGCGAGCGCGGAGGCCCGGAGGGAUUUUGGCAGCUCAUGAAAAACCCACUGACCUGACUCAGAAAUGGCAGGCUUCCUAGACAACUUCCGAUGUCCAGAAUGUGAAUGCAUCGACUGGAGUGAGAGGAGAAAUGCAGUUGCUUCUGUGGUAGCAGGGGUGCUGUUUUUUACAGGUUGGUGGAUAAUGAUCGAUGCAGCUGUUGUCUAUCCAAAACCGGAACAGAUGAACCACGCUUUCCACACCUGCGGAGUGUUUUCCACUUUGGCGUUCUUCAUGAUCAAUGCCGUGUCAAAUGCACAGGUGAGAGGGGACAGCUACGGCGACGGCUGCUUAGGAAGAACAGGGGCCCGUGUCUGGCUCUUCAUUGGUUUCAUGCUGAUGUUUGGUUCCCUCAUCGCUUCAAUGUGGAUCCUUUUUGGCGCCUAUGUAACCCAAAAUAUAAGCGUCUAUCCAGGCCUGGCUGUGUUUUUCCAAAAUGCGCUGAUAUUUUUUAGUACUCUAAUCUACAAGUUUGGAAGACUAGAAGAAUUAUGAGCGGGAAGCAUAGUUUACCUUGAACUUCCUUCAGUCAGGCAGAUCAAUCCCUUUAUCAUUUGCCCAGAUCUCUAGAGUAGACUGUACUUCCAGUGGUGGAGUUUACCUUUGUUGCGCUCGGAGUCUUCUAGUAGCUCUUCACAGCUUCUGCCCUCUUCUGCAUUGAACAUAAUUGUGAAUAUGUACAAUAUGGCUGUAUAUAUCAUAGAUAAAUGUCCAUUUUUUUUUUUAAUUAUGUAGCCAUAAGACUCCAGCUAGGAGCUUGUCAAGUUAGCCACCAUCCCCCCAUGUAAAGGAGCAAACUGGGUUGGGAGAAGCGCUGCUUAAUUUCAUGGCGAAAGGUGACCCGAAACCACCCGCACCGAGCCAUUCCGAAGGGCCAGAAACUGGCUUUCGGCCUAGAGCCGAAGCUCGAGUGCGUUGGGAAAAAGCAUUACUUUAAAACUAAGCACAAGAAGCUGAGCCGUUGCACUUGGGCUUGAGGUCAGGGAGACGGGGCUUGUUUCCGCCUGUCCUGGAGACCCCCCAUGGGGCUGGAAAAGCCCCACACCUGCUAUGGUGAGACGCGGCCAGUUUGGGCUCUCAAAAUGGACAGUGAUAGGAAAGCGCAGCCCAUAGGUCCUCCCCGCAAGUGUUUUCUCCGCACAGAAAGUGAAGCACAGCGAGGAAGCCUGUGCCCCGGUCCGGACCCGACCCGAUCAAGUGCUGCUUUCCUCCGAAAACUCCCUGUGGCUGUCUGUUCACUGUUGAACCCCAGUCUCCCAAAACUGUCAGCUAUCCGCUUCACUUGAACUGCAAUAAAAACGGUUUCUUAACUG